AUGACAGAUAGUAGUGAUAGCAAAAGUCUUGUUACCUUUCUCUUGAUUGAUUUUCAUCGUGAUGAUGAGAAGAAUAAUUAUAUAUUUUCCAAAUUGAAGGAAACAAUGCAGAGAAAACUGCCAUUCGAGAAAUGGCUCCACUCUGUUGUAAUUGACAUUAAUGGAAAUUUUGAUCGUUUCAUUACUGAUAUUUAUCACCAGAAUCAUUCCUUGUUGUGUUCCAGUCCAAAAGCUCUCAAAUUUCACACUGAAAACAAAGAAACUCAAAGAUAUCAUCACAAGAUAGGAGAUCAAUGGAUUCAUCCACAGCAUGGUGUAAUAUUCGAAGGCAUGUAUUCUAGAAAUUCUUCAGUUCUGUAUCCUCCAGUUGAGUUAUUUAAUCCAACUGGAUUUACUUUAUUAUUGAGGGUAUUUAUUCAGUCAAAUGAGAGAGGAGUAAUAAUCAUGUUUGGAGGAGGACACAGUUGGUUUGGUAUUAAUCCUUUUGGAAUUAGUUUGAAUAAUGGUGAUAAAUGUUACGAGUUCACAAGUCAAUUGGAAUUAUGUCAGUGGAAUGAUGUGUGGGUUUCGUAUAAUAAUGCACAAUAUCCUGGCACAUUUAAUGAAUCAUGUCGUGUCUUUACUCACAAGAAUUCUAAUACAAAGAAAGAAAUAUUUUGCAUUGUGAAUGAAAAUGAAUACCACUUUGAAAUUCCAAUCGAUAAUGAUGUUCUUUCUCUAUCAGAUGAUGAUUACAUAGAAAGUGAAAUGGGAAUGGAAUUUAUUGAUCAUUACUGUAUGGAUCGCCUCAAGGGUUUUUUCUCCAGUUUAGUUUUAUUCAAUCAAAGUUGUAAUAGUUUUGAUGAAUUGAAAUUGGUUGCCUCAAACUUUUUGGAAAAUCAUUUUAAACCAACCGAAACCUAUCAAGAAGUAUUAAAAGAUAAAUUCAAAUAA